AUGUCAUGGGACAUCUUCUGCUGCAUCUGCUCUUCGUGCUUCAUUGCGUGCAUUGUGCGGCAGUCGAACGCCGGCCAAGCCCAGUGCGAGUCCCUGCUCGAGUACGAGAACACACCCUUCCGGCUCUCCUGCGAGGCCAAGUACAGCAGGAGCCUGAAGCUGCACUAUCGCGACAGGAGGAUCCGCACCGACACGCCCUACCGCGUGUGGGUCCGGGGGGAUCCGCGCAGACACAUCGAGCUGCUGAUCACUCUCCACAAGUCGCCUCUGUGGGACUGUGGCAGCGUGAGGUGCAGCGCCAACUGGCUGCACUGCCACUGCCAGCACUCGUACGGCAUUGGCAUUGCCAUCAGGCCCGAUAGCAUCUUCUGCUACAAUUUCAACUUCUCGUACGUGGGCGAACUGCAAAGCGAGUGUGGCAUGAAGCCCCUCAGAGUCGACUUCGUGGCCAUUCACUAUGGUGUGUGGUAUCGGGACGCUGGUCGGAUCUCAUCGUCGGGGGCUGGACGUCUCAAGUGGGCCUUGUGGAGUGCCUGAAGCCGGAGCUGU